AUUCCUCCACAACCUCCCUUGUUUGCACCUGCACCCCUCCACUCAUUUCGACUUAUCGCGCGACUUUGCAUCACGCGUGUGUGUGUGCGCACGAUCCCUUUGUGCGAGCGGCCGAACAACGCAGCACCCUUCGGAGUUGUCGGCUGACCGAUCAGAACGCUUCGACGAUUGGAUAUUGCCGUAUACGAAAGCAGGACUAUUGUUUCAGCAUCGCGCGAUACCCGUAGUCCGGCGCCGUUUCCUUGUGUGUGUGUGGGAAGCUGGACAGCGCCCCUGGCACCAUCGUGUUCCUCGCAUUGCACGUAUUCCGCUAGUGUGCCAGGCACGCUCAAUUACACGGCACCCCACACUUUACAUUGAGCAUCGUCAUGGCGUCCACAUCGAUAAAAACGAGCGAGCUGUCGCGCUGGCAGCCAUGGCUUGCAGAAUACAACGUCGCUGGUGUUGAGCUAAAGGGCUGGAUAACCCUACUCGCAUUGCUAUUUCCCCUGCUGUUCCUCAUCGCUUUCGGAAAGUAUCGCAAGAUGCAGUACCAGAACAAGAAGCCGUUUCGAUUUCUGGAUCUACCACAAGAGCUGAGAGAUAUGGUGUACGAAGAUUUCCUUGACGACCCCAUUUACCCGCCACCAGCGCGCAGCGAGAUCCAGCGCUCGACGCUGAACUGGAUGCGACCCGCACGCUGGACAUCUACGUCCACAUCUCCCAGUACGCGACACGAGAGUAAAUGGAUAUUCCUGGCAAACAAGCAAGUGUACUCAGAAUACAUGGACAUGAUCUGCAAGCGCAAGACGUUCCACUUCAGCGUCACGCCACAGACAUACAAGCCCGCCACCAGCACUGCUCCGUCUGCAUUCCCAGCGCCAUCAACACAGGGCAACCGAGUAUGGAACAUCUCCCCCGACAUGCUCUCCAAAGUCCAACAUUGCUCUCUCAAACUCGUCACAACAUCUUCUAUGCUCGGCGUCACAGACCCCCGCUCCAUGACAUCUUCAUCCUGGACGCUCGGCCGCCGCAUGCGUGAGCAACUCAAACACAUGUUCAACGUCAAGACCUUUACUCUCGAUGCAAAAGCUCUCGGUGAUCCCCUCUGGAAUCCGCUCUGGAUCUGGUACCAUGCUUCCCAAUCACUCAAGAUGCUCGGCACGGAGUACUCAGACACCGUACCGCGGGGGCCGCAGCUCACUGGCAUAACAUUCAGUUUGGAUACGUGGAGCCCGGGCGAGAACUAUUUGAAGAGAGAUGAGGCGACCGGUGGGCAGUGGGUGUGGUAUUGCAUGAAAAAUCAUCUUAUUGGUACGGAUAUGGGCCCUGAAAUGACGGUGAGGGAGUUUUGCGCAAAGUUGUAUCAAGAGUGUAGUAUCUGUAGAGUGGAUGAGGAGGAGGAUACGACUGUAAUCUGAGACGUUGCGCUGGGCUGGUCCUCGCGGUGUUUGGGCAGAGACUUCUCCAUUGUACUGAUAACUUGGGCGUCUGUUUGUAACUUUUUCCUGCGCAUCGCACGCGCACGCGCACGAUUGUAUUCCUGUCAUUAUCCUUGUAUCGAUUCG